GAUGUUUCUGCUCUUGCCCUUCUUUGCCCCAGCUACACUCACAUUUCUGAAAGUUUAGCUGAAUCUGUCACUUCCAAGCUGCUCUCAGGCCAGCUGCUUUUCAUUUAGUGCAAAGUGAAUCACCAGCCACAGGUGUGCACUUGUCCUGCUUCUUGGGGGCUGCAACUGAGGCAGGUUAGGUCCUGCUGCCUGUGCUAUAUAACCAGCCCCACAGCACCUGCUGCCUGUUCUGUUGGAGGUAAAGAUGAGCCCAGAACCUUUGAAGAAACAUGGUCAUGCUGCUGCUCCUGGGGAAAAAAGAUCUAAGAGGAAGCCGAAGAGAAAGGAAACCUUUUCAGUCUAUAUUUACAAAGUACUGAAACAGGUGCACCCCGACCUCGCCAUCUCCUCCAAGGCCAUGAGCAUCAUGAACUCCUUUGUGAACGACAUGCUGGAGCGGCUGGCGGCCGAGGCCUCGCGCCUGGCGCAGUACGGGCGCCGCGCCACCCUCACCAGCCGCGAGGUGCAGACGGCCGCGCGCCUGCUGCUGCCCGGGGAGCUGGCCAAGCACGCGGUCUCAGAGGGCACCAAGGCUGUCACCAAGUACACCAGCAGCAAGUGACCGCCCGGGCCGCGAGAGACCAGCCCUGCAGCAAAAGUGCUUGGUCUUUUCAGCUGAA